CAGCGGACAGACGCGCAGGACGGCCAGUGAGUUGCUCUGGAUCAGUCUGGCAUUCCUUCGGUGCUGCGCCAGAGGAUGCACAUCUGGAGCGGAGAGAAGCUUCACCGUGUCUUUCAGCCUCUGGAAGGGAAGUUAGAAUAGCGGUUGAGGGUGUUUGCGGUAUAUUUUGGAGAAAAUGGCAGGCACAAAGUGCCUUUUAAAAACGCCAAGUAACUUCCAGUCGUGCGCCAUGUUUGAAGGUUUCGAGCCUGUUGAGGUGGAGGGAGGCAGCACGGAGAGCACCAUUGCUUCAUCCAUCAGCGCCUGCAAGAAGGUUCUGUGCAUCAACAGCAUCCUGGACUCAUCUGAGUACUGGCUGAACAAUGAAAAGACUCUGUGCAGAAUUGGCCUGCUGGAUGAUGAUGGAGAUAGCAGCUGCACCCUGGUGAGUAGCAUACUGCGAGCAAAGAAACAUGCACAUCGUUUUGGCAACACAGCCGGGCCGUGUCACGUCUGCUUGUCUUUAAGCUGUGGGAGAUGUUUCGGUGUCUCUGUUGUUUCUCUGAUGUUAUACCUUUAUCUGUGUUUUGUCAAUCUGGACCCUCAAAAGAUAAACUGUCAAGAUGAUGAAAACAAAAAGAAACUGGCAUCAGUGUCUCCAGACUUGCCAAGGCUUGUUGAAUUACUGACCGUCCGUCAGCCCAAAGAAAAUGAGAUCCUGCUGCUUGGAGGCCUGGGAACCUCAGAACAAUGCCAAACACACCCACACUCCCCCCUGCAGGGCAGACAGCGCACAGGUGCGUGUUUGCUUCCAUCUUCGGGAAAGAGGCUCUAUACCACUCCUGCCAGCAUCAUCUUUGAGAUCAACAAGUUUCUGAUUGGACUGCAGUGGGGGAAAGAUCAACAGUUUCAGCAGGGCCGAGCUCCUGGACAGAGGGUUGAUGAUGACACCAAUCGUUCAAUCUCAUCUAUUGAAGAGGACUUCCAAACAGCAUCAGAACAGCUCGGGGAGGACAGUGAAGAUGAUGCCUUAAAAAAUGAACCAGAGAGUGGUGACAUGGGGCACAGCUCAGUCGAGGCUGCACAGAAACACUCUGUCAGACAUGCAUGUCACAGGGGACAGCUGGCUCGUCAUCAAAGCCAGGAUGAUAGUGACAUAAAAAAGGAGGGGCUUCCCAGCGCAAGUCUUCAUACAAAAGAAUCAGCUGGCCACUACGCAACCAAUCUAGCUGAGUCGGUAUUGCAAGAUGCCUUCAUACGACUUUCUCAAGAUGAAACUUCCUUUGUCCCUGAGGCAGCGAUUAGUGUGUCCCUCUCUACUUCCAACAGACCUUCAAAGACCUUACAGCCUUCACAGCAGCGUACCUGCUCUUUUGAACUACCCAAAAUUGUGAUAGUCCAGAGCCCAGACAAUUCUGAUGGAGCUGCAGAUUGGUCAGAGAUGCAAACACCAAACCUGCAUGAUCAAAGCAACCCUGUCAAAGCACAGGAAAUGACUGAGACUGGCACCCAGGCUGAGGCUCCUCAACACAGUGAUGGACAUGAACAUGUUGAGUUAGCUUUGGCCUGUGCAGCCACUAUUAUUGGAACCAUUUCUUCACCACAACUGACCGAAAAGGUUACUCUUGAAACUGCUUCAGUUGAGUUAAAAGAGGAGGAGUCGCAGGAAGUAAAGAAAAAAAGUGACUAUUCUGUCUCCUCGGCUAUGGGUAGCAUAGCUCAAGUAGCUGGAGCAGUUGCAGCAGUGGAUCUAGCUGAAGUUCCAGUAGCAAGUUUUGAAUCUGAUGCAGAUUCAACCGAGGUCUACACGGCUUCCCAUGGUCUAAUGUCUGCAGCCAAGGCCUCCACAGCCUUCCCACUGCACUGCAAUGUGGCAGCGGGUACAAGUGUGGAAGCAUUUCGAGCUAAUAUUGCUGAGGUUUUGCAUAGGGAAGCAGCAGAAGUCCUGACUCAACCACAAGGCUACAAUAGUGUAGCACACUUGCUGGAAACCACACACAACAAAAUAGUGGAUGGCAUUACAUGUCCAAAAAAAUGCUGCUUGGAGGAAAGUGAGGUGGAUGACCUAAUAAACGAGGUUGCUGACAGCCUGUUCAAACAUGCUUUAGAGAAGGCAAAAAAAAAAAAGGAACUGGAGGGUGCUGGAAAAGAUUCUCCCAGCCUCCAGGUAUUUCUUCAGGACAGUGUAAACAACUUGUUAUUUGAAAUCCUCUUCUUGACCCAGAAAAAGAUCAGUCAUAUAUCCAUGGGUGACGAAGGGUCAGAGGAAACACCCGAGAUUUGCUCUCAGAAGCCUAUUGAUGCAAAGGAGAAUAAGGAUCCAUUAAAUCAAUUAAAAACCUUAGUUGGUAAUACUCACUCUACUAAUAGCGAGAACCUGAGUGGUAUGUUCCACUGCACAGAGAGGUUUUCCAUGAUUCCUGAACUAAAGCAGAAACAGGGCCAUGACCUUGAGGAUGUAAUGGCUUCUCCCUCCAAGGCAAACUUUAAAGAACAACUGUUGCAAUCCCAACGCAGACAAAGUCAGCCUAAACUUAAAGACUUGCCUGAUCUGCAGCAAAACAACGGUGCCAUCAGAGAACCUUCAACUGAAAUACAAGUUCACAGCACAGAGAGGAGGGGCAGAUUAAUGAUGGGCAGUGAUGGCAAACACCCUUCUUUAAUCUCACAGUCAUCUCUCAACUCAUGUGGCUCUCUUCUCUCUGUAAGAGGGGACUCUGACUUUAGGGCACCUAUCAGUUGCUAUGCUGAGGAUUUGGCUGCCACAGUCGUAUCAAUGGCUACAGAACUGGCAGCCAUUUGUCUGGAAAACUCCUCUGGGAAACAGCCUUGGUUUUGUGCUCUUAAUGGAACAUCAUCAGAAGUAGCAGAGACCUAUUUGAUGCCAGCCUGCCGCACAGUUUUAAGGAGAAAGGAGUCUCAAAGCAGCAAUGCUGCCUCUAGAAAACAUAGAGCACCACGGCUUAGUGAAAUUAAGAGAAAAACAGAGGAGCAACCAGAACUAAUGGAGAGGCUGGUAAACCGCGUGGUGGAUGAAUCGGUCAACCUUGAUGAGCCGCAGGACCCAUUCGCCCUCUUUGCCUCUGAAGUCACAGCGAGAAUCAUGAAUUGCCCUGAACUCAACGUGAUUGAUACCUCCAAGCCAGGCCAGCAGCGCAGCAGGCUACAGUGUGAAAAGUGGAGUCGUGUAAAGGCAUCUAGUUAUGAGAGCAUUCCAGAAGAAGACACAGACCCUACAGGCGCACCCAAUACUCUUGGCCCAGGCUGUCGCUUAGGUCAGAACUUAAGCCGUGGCAGCUCCAUUUCUAAGCAGUCCAGUUGUGAGAGCAUCACAGAUGAGUUCUCACGGUUUAUGGUAAACCAAAUGGAGACUGAGGGCAGAGGCUUUGACCUGUUGCUGGAUUACUACGCAGGAAAGAAUGCAAGCAACAUCCUGGCUGCAGCCGUUCAGCAGGCUGCAACAAAGAAAAAUGGUCACCUUAAUGUCAGGGCAUCUUCCUGCCUCUCUAAACAGUCUAGCACGGAGAGCAUAACAGAGGAAUUCUACCGCUUCAUGCUUCGGGACAUGGACAAAGAGAACAAAGACUAUGGAAUUGCCAAAACUAAAGAGUGGAGCAACAGCCUUUUCCCUCCUACUCCUAGAACUCCCUUCUGUAUACGGCAAUCUUCUGUACCUGACCGACGCUCCUCAGACUCCCGAUUGACAGUCAACUCACCCAUUAAAGCCAACUCCUUUGAUGGAUUUGCACGUAAUGUGUACGGAGACACUCUUAAUAUCUUUCCCACCAAUUCGGUAUCAGCAACAGGAUUGUGCAAGUCAGAUUCCUGCCUUUAUCAAAGGGGUAAGACUGAUCAGAUUACUGACAUGCUGAUCCAUGAGACCUGGUCAAGCUCUAUUGAGUCCUUAAUGAGAAAGAACAAGAUCAUUGCUGAUCCAGAGGACAGUAUUGAGUUGGAAGCUUCAGGAGACUUGCAGCCUCAUGUGCAGCAAUUUGCCAAUCGACUGGCAGCUGACAUUGUUGACAUUGGCAAGUCUGCUUUAGGAGGACAGCUUGACAUGGCUGGGACAAUGGCUGGGUCACACAUGCAGUCACACACACCUGUUGUUGAGAGGAGGAGAGGCUUUAAACAGUCCCAUCUGACAUGCAGUCGAAAUAGGUCCAGCCAGGAGCAAGCUUGUGCUGCCAUUGGGUCUGGAAGUUUUGAUAGUAACACAGCCUGUCCCAGGAGUCCAAGAGAUGUGCCACUCAUCCACAUUGAGGGAGAUCAGAGGGUGGAAGAGACUCUUUCAACUGUUGAAAGGACAGGAGAAGGACCACAGGAAGCAUCUGUAGAUGCCAUGCGGGUGGAGAUAUCUAUUGCCAGUAGCAGCAGCAGUGAAAGGGACAGACCAGCUGUGGCGGUGGCUGCAGUAGUGAAGAGGGACAAGCGCUCAAUGAGUGCUAGCAGUGAAGAGAGCAUGGGGAGCUGGUCUCAUGUAACUCCUGAAGAUGACCCCCACGAGGAGACCAGUAGUUUUAUCCAGCUGAGUGAGGGAAACGGGACCAGCAGUGCAUCUAGCCUCGGCUUAGCUGACCUGGAUGCUUUUUCUGAAGUUCCCUCUCAAAGCACCAUUAUCAGUGAGGAGACAAAGAAAGGCCACCUGGAGGAAGCCAAGGUCAACAUUUUAGAUGGCUCUUCAGGAGGUGCUACAGGCAGCAGCAGUAACCUCAGACAGCUUUUAGUGGUGAACUGUGACAUCGAGCAAGAAUGUGAGGACUCAGAGCUGAGAGUGGCUCUGCAGUGGAUCGCUGCCUCUGAUUUGGGACUUCCUGUUCUCUACUUCAGAAGAUCAAAGGAGAAUAGGAUGACAAAGUUCCAGAGGGUGGUCCACCUAAUGGCUCAGAAGGCAUGGAGGAUUGCAGACUUGUUUAAGGCCGUGGCUCAGUUCUAUACACAACACGAGACCGAAGAAGAGGGCAGAUCUCUUCAAGUCAGCCUUUUUGACUGGCUAUUGGAAACCAUUUAAGGCAAACUUACCUUCUCUUGCUGCACACAGAUUAAGACGUCCCACCAGAGCUAAUCUGCAACGAGUUUGAGCCAGAAUAAAUAGUUCACCUAUUCCGGCUUAUCUCUGGGUCUCUUUAACAGCUUUGUUAUGCUAUGGCCUUGAAAUCUGAGGUCUCGUCUGGCUCCAAGAUGCUUUGCCAAUUUACAGGUUGAAUUUGACAAGAUUCCCUUUAACUUAAACGUGAUUUUGUUUUCCAUCCCAUCCCUCAUGUGUGUUGCCUACAACCUUAAAUCAAACAAUACCAGCUGUAUAUUUGGUUGAACAUUCCUAAUGGGAGCCAACUUUCAUGUUAUUUAAAGUCAGCAGGCUUUAAUGACUCAUAAAGACAUACAAACAUCAUGUAUUAUAAGAAAUAUGAUAAAAGUAGCUUCCAUUUCCAUUCUGAUGUGGCUAAAUGCUCGUUGGCAAGCAAAUCAUCCACAUCUUUGUUUUGUUUCAUGACCAAUUGAACAAUCAUCAAUAACUGUAGUAACUUUGAAAUUCAUUUCUGGGUCAGUAUGUUGUUUAUCUUCUUGUUACCUGAGAUCUAUUUAUUUUGGAUAGUUGUACUGUAAAUACUGUAGAUUUGGAACCGUUGCACCUUGGAGUAGUGGACUGCUCUCUAUAGCUUUUAAUAUGUCCAAAAGACCAAGUGAGGUUUGUAAUGUUGAAUUUGUAUGUGAAUUUGCUCGUCUACUUCUCUACUUAGUGGUAAAAAAGUAAAGUGAAACAUCAACAUUUGGGGGAUUUAAAAAAAAAAAAGCACACAAUUCAGCUGUAAACUGUCACAGUAGAACUGAAUGUAUUUAUCU